AUGAAGUUGUUAUUGUGUUUUUCUUUAGUUUGUGCCGUGGCAAUAGCCAAACCAAUGGAUGAAGACAAAAAAUCAGAACAACUGCCUACAUCGUUAAGCACUAAAAAUGAGACUGUAAUAUUGAACCACAGGGUAGAGCGUGAUGACAAAAUAUCUCCGAUAGUUCAGGUUUCUUCCGAAUCAAACGAAAAUAAUGAAUCAAAAACUGAUGAAAUAAAAACCAUAGAUGAUAAUAAACCAAGACUUGCAUAUGAUUCUACUAUCAACCAGGUUAAUCCAGCUACGUAUUCAUCUCAAUUAACUAGCACCCAUAACACUGAUUCAAGUUAUCCAGUAAACUCUGAUAAUGAGCAAUAUAGAUCAGUUGCUUCUGAGUACCCUUCAGUAGCUUAUAGGUCAUAUGGGUUAGGAUCAGAAUCAUAUAGUCCAUUAGAAUUAUCAGGAUUGGUUUCUUCUUCAUACCCGUUAGCAUCAUACGGAUCAAGACCCGAAUCAUAUGGAUAUUCCGGGUUAAAUGGAUUAUCGGGGUCAUAUUAUGGGUCAUAUGGAUCAUCAGAACCAUGUGGUUCCUCGCUACCCUCAGUUAUCCCAACAUCUUAUUCCAAUGCUAUCCCAUGUCAAGGUGGCAUUGCCCAACAGAUAAUUCAUAAGCCCGUCGUUACAGAAUUACAAGAAGUUAUUCACAAACCAAUAAUUACAGAAGUACAAGAAAUCGUGAACAAACCUAUAAUCUCGGAAGUCCAACAAGUCAUACAUAAACCACUUUUCACCGAACAUAUUGGUCUCGGUCCAUCUUACCACGGAUAUCAAAAACACGUUGUUAACCAACCCAUUUAUAAUAAGCCCACUAAACAUUUUGUUCGUCAACCAGUGUCUCAUGCAGCAACCAUUCAUUUAGCUGAUCAAUAUGAACAGCAUGUCAGUAACGGCCACAAUUUUUGUGACCUGGAGGCAGGCUCGCCAUACGGUUUCACGGGAUCAUCGUAUUCCACAUACGGGCCAAGAAUAAACGUUGCACAACCAAGUGGACAGUAUAAAUCAGCAGGGUCUAGGCCUAGUGUAGCACCUUAUGAAUCAAAUAUAUCUACACCAGAUUCGCCGAGUUACUCUUUAUUACGUAGUUCAACCUCAUACCGUUAUCCUUCAAUGUCUUCCGCUCCAGAUUCAUACAGAUACGCCGCUCCUGGUUCAAUUGGCUACCCUACUCCAACUUCUUCAUUUAGCUAUUCAUCGUUGCCACCAUAUAACGAAUUAGGAUCACUAAGUUAUAGAAAACCUUAUGGACAACAGAUUACCACUUUCAAUACUGGCAAUAAUGGACCAUACAGAAGUUCUGAAGAAAGUUCACGACUUAAAGCUGCAGAACAGAUUAUGUACGAUAAGUAUUUACCAUAUACACAACAAAUAAAUGGAAAUCAACAAUAUUAUGAUAACCAGUUUCAACAACAAUUGUCAGGAUUUCAACAACAAAAGGGAAGGAGCAAUGAAGAUCCAAAACAAAUUAAAAUGGAUGUGGACGCUAUCGCCAAGCAAAUCGAGAAAAACCCUGAAAUGAGAAAACAAUUAAUAAAAAUAAUAACAGAGAGUAUUUACGUAAGUGACCAAAUGACACAAUCCAAUAAGAAGCAACAAGAUACAAAAAUUCAAUCAUUGCCACUAAUAUAA